ACAUGUGAAUGGCCAAAGUCGCGCUUACGGCUGCCAGUGGGUAGACAUCCCCCGCUCAGCUAGCGAUGUAUACAAACUGCGUGGUCAAAAGGGAUAAAUUAAAUUAGUUAAGGACAAGAAAAGUGUGCAGUGCAUUUAGCGAUCAACAUGGCUAGCCUGGAUCUGCGGCAAAGCUCAACGCUACACAGCCUGGUGUGCCAGUCGAUAUUGGUGCUGCUGUGUUUGGUCUGUUAUGGCUAUGGCGGCCUGAGCGGUGCCAAAUUUGUGUUCGAUGACACCGUUGCCAUAGUGAAGAACAAGAAUGUCAACUCGUUGCCCACCAAUUGGACGGCGAUCUUCAGCCACGACUUUUGGGGUGCACCGCUCCUAAGCGCGGACUCACACAAAUCUUUCCGGCCGCUGACAACGCUUAUGUUUCACUACGAAUACGCGUUACUUGGCCUGAAUGCCGCCCACAUGAAGUUUCUCAAUCUGUUGCUGCACUGCGUCAAUACGCUGCUCAUGUGGCGGCUUGUACGCUCGCUGUACGUGGAGGACAUUGACAUUGAACGAUGGGCGACGCUCUCUGCGGCACUGUUUGCUGCCCAUCCGGUGCACACAGAAGCCGUAUCCGGCGUAGUGGGCCGAGCGGAGCUUAUGUUUGGACUCAUACAUCUGCUCUGUCUGCUCCUAACAGUUGCCAGCGCAGAUAAGCCAGGUGUGAGCAGCGUUAUUCUCAUUCUGUUGCUUACGGCAGUUGGCAUGCUGUUUAAAGAGUCUGCCAUUACCAUACCGUUAUCCUGCAUUAUGCUGGACUACUUCCAGAAUGGCACCUACAUGCUGCCGCUGAAGCUGCAGCAGCGAGUGAUCACCUCACGUCUGCGCUACCUGUGCUAUAUAUGCGGCAUGCUCUCUCUGCUGCUCCUGCGCCUCUGGUGGCAGAACUUCGAGGCACCGGAAUUCAAGCCAGUGGAUAAUCCAAUUGCACACAACGAGCAGCUGCUCACGCGAGGUUUGUCGCAGCAGUACCUGUACGUGAUGAACUUCUGGCUGAUGCUAUGCCCGCAGUGGCUGUGCUUCGACUGGGCGCUGGGCUGCAUUAAUCUGGUGACCAGCAUUUGGGAUAUGCGUCUGCAGGCCGUCAUUGCCUUCUAUUCAUUCAUCAUUGUCUCCUUCAUGAACUUUAGACGACUCGCAGGCCUCAUGCUCGGCUUGGCAUUGAUGGUCAUUCCAUUUCUGCCCGCAUCUGGAAUCAUCCGUGUGGGAUUUGUCAUUGCGGAGCGCACACUGUAUGUGCCAUCGAUUGGCUUCUGCCUGGUGUCCGUCUACGGCUUCCUCUACUGCUAUAAAAACUAUGCGGCCAACAGAUAUUGCCGUGUGGCCCUGCAGACGUUUCUCAUGCUGCUCUUUGCCGUGUUUAUGCUGCGCACACGGCAACGGGCGGCUGAGUGGUUAAACGAGGAGCAGCUGUUCAGCUCGGCGCUGCAGGUGUGCCCCAACAAUGCCAAAGUGCACUAUAACAUAGCGCGGCUGGCCACGGACAAUGGCAACAGCAGCCGUGCCUUCCAUCACUAUCUGAAGGCUGUCCAGCUCUAUCCGGAGUACGAGUCGGCGCUGAUGAAUCUGGGCAAUCUCUAUCGCGAGUAUGGGCAAUUGGAGACAGCUGAGAAGUACAUACGUGCUGCCUUGGCUGCCUAUCCCGCCUUUCCUGUGGCCUGGAUGAAUCUGGGCAUCGUGCAGUCGGCGCAAAAGAAGUACGACCAGGCGCUGGAUAGCUAUAGACAGGCCCUCAAGUAUCGCUCUGACUAUGCCGUCUGCUACUACAAUAUGGGCAAUCUGUUUUUGGAGCAGCAUCAAUACGGAGAGGCACUACAUCAUUGGCAGCACGCCGUUGCCAUCAAUCCGCGACAGCCCAAAGCUUGGGCCAAUAUUCUAACCAUGUUGGAUAACCGCGGCAUGUACGAGGAUGCGUUACGAAUCUCCGCCCAGGCGCUGACCCAACUGCCCACUGAGCCGAGCAUUCUGUUUAUACGUGCGAAUGUUCUCGGCAAACUGAAGCACUAUCUGGAGGCGGAGGCACUGUACAAACAGGUCAUUGAGUUGGAGCCACGGAACAUGCUGUAUCAUACGAAUCUCGGUGUGCUCUAUCAUCGCUGGGACAAGCUGGAGGAAGCCAUCGAGUGCUAUCAGACUGCCAUUAGUAUUAAUUCCUCGCGGGCGACUACAGCGCGAGAUAAUCUCGGCAAACUCCUGAAGCGCUUGAAUCGCGAGACGCCUAAGGAAUCACAGCAAUAAGGGCUCUUCCAAAAUGAAACCCUACUCUAAGUUAAAGACAUCUGGUCAUAGCCGUAAGUUUCAUCCAUCUUCAUCCAAAAGCAAUCCAAUAUCUUAAUAUAAGGGAAGGGAACUAUUUUGAAACGUUUUUAAAGCAAUUUUAUGACUUUUUAUAUACAUUUAUAUUUUUAUAAAUUUUUGUUCGACGAUCUUUCUAAGACAUAUACAUAUAUCUUAUAUAAGGAAUCUCUUUUUUAAAUACUGAUAUUAUUUUUACAGUCAGUAAAAGAUUUACAAAGCAACCACAAAGAAGAACAAAAACCUCAAAUGGAUCUAUAUAUCUAUGUCCAAAAUAUGUUUCCAUAAUCUCAGUUUCUCUUUAUCAACGAAUGUGUCACACAGCAGUUCGUCAAGCGCGUAAACCCCCUAAAUAGAUCGGUAAUAUUUUUUUAUUGAACUAGUCAUUCUUGUAUUUCUAAUGAGCUGUUUACGCUGCCUGCCUUAUCAACACUAUCUAUGUGUCUGACAUGUCAUCCAUAUCAUAUCUUCGAACUAACACCUAGAGAACUCAAUCAACUUGAAUGUUCCACUCUCACUCUAUGAAACUAGAUUAAGUUGAUAGAUAUAAUAUUUAAAUUAAACAUUAAGCUCUAUAUAUGUAUUUACUAUUAGAUUUAUUUAUUUAUUCGCAAGGGUAUUUACAAUUAAUGUUUAUAACUAAAUAAUGAAGGAACCACUAGUAGACAAAACAUAAUUUAAUUACAAUCUAAGACAUGGGACUACAAAUAAAAUACUUUCGAGAGCAGCGAAA